UUUUUAUUCACAACAACCAUCUAUUAAAUCACUUGAUUAUACACUUGUUACAUCAUUAUCAAAUGAUGAAAUAAAUAAAAAAAUUAAUUUAAUUGAAAAUUUAUCUUCAACAACAAUAAUAACAACAGUUGAUUUAGUUAUUGUUAAUAAAACUGAAACUAAUAUAUAUGAUUGGGAAAAAUUACUUUCUAUAUGUAAAUUAAAUGGUUUUAUACUUUUUUCAUCAGAUACUAUUGUUAAUAUAUAUGAUAAGAAUUUUCAAUGGAUUGAACAAAUUAAAAUAUUAUCAUCGAGUUCUUCAUUACGACGUGUUUGGCUUAUAUCUAAUCAAAUAGAUAAUGGCAUUAUUGGAUUUUUUAAUUGUUUAAGACGUGAACCAGGUGGACAAUCACUUCGAUGUAUUCAUAUUCAAGAUUCUGAAUAUAUUCUCAAUGAAAACAUAUUAAAUACAUUAAAAACAAGAGAUUUAACUGUUAAUAUCUAUCAAAAUGGUGUACGGGGAUCAUAUAUUCAUCAACAUUUACAAAUAUCGAAAGAUUCAACAUGGAUUGAAACAGAUAAUGCUCAUGUUAAUGUAUUAAAUCGUGGUGAUUUAUCAUCACUUACAUGGUUACAAUCACCUAUAAUAACGACUAACAAUAUAAAUGAUCCUAAUUUAGAUACAUGUACUGUACAUUAUGCAUCACUUAAUUUUCGAGAUAUUAUGUUAGGUAAGAUCAUUUUGUAA